CCCCAAGAAUUGUAAUAUGUUUAUAAGUAGGAGUGGCCAUCGACAGCGGAAUGGCAGUGGUAGGGGGGACUUGGAGAGAGACUGGGGAACCCGGGAUAUUGCAGACCUUUUCAGCAAACACGUCCAACAGGAGAAAGUAUGGAGGGCAUGGCUUAAACUGUAAAGCCGCCGGCAACGAAGCUGCUACAAGUAUCUCGCAACUGAAGCCACUGACAGUAACUUAAAAAAAGGCAAAACAGUAGCUUCUUAUCCUUAUUACAUUGUUAAUAGACAAAGGUGUUGGGAAACUUAUUGGUCCACUUUUAUCGCGAUGCAUCCUUCUACCUUACCUAAAAUAAAAAAAUGUCCUAUUUUCUUCAGCCUGAUAUUAUUAAUAAUCAAUGGGGAAAUGUUAUAAAGGAGCUGCAAUUCUUUAACGUGAUUCUCUUGAGUCCCUGUUUAGGAUUUUUUUUUACCUCGGGAAAUUCAGAUGACAAGCUACAGUACCAGUCCUAUACUUGCACAGUUAUUUUGUGCUCAGUCUCAGAAGAUUUAAUUGAAUAGAAAGACGGGGCAACUGAAUAACAUUUAAGGGGAUUCUUUCAAGUCUUUUUUUUCUGUCACGUUUACCCAUCUCUCGGGCUGUCUUGAAUGCUGCUGUGGUUGUAUACCGUGAUCUGCAUUUUAUCCAGGGCGGAAAUCCGAAGGUUUGCUACGGUAGUUCCUUCGAAAGACUCGAGACUGACUAGCUAAGAGUGCUUCUUUAAGUGACCAGUGUGUUUUUCUUUUAGUCCAUUCGAUGAUUGAAGAGAUACCGGCUUUCCUCAAAUCUAGUUCUUUAUUUUGUAUUUCUAUGAAUGCAACAUCUCCCUCGGACGCAAUUCAAGACCAGACCUUUACUGCCACGAAUGUUCUUUUUUUGUACGGCGAUCUGCUUUAUGUUUGAUUCCUGUUCAAUCUAAUUUAGGAUCAUCGCCUCUGAUCACAGACCCCCACAGCGAUCAUCCAGUGAGUUGCAGUUUUCAAGUCUACUGCUGUGUUGCCUUUAACUCUUUCAUCUGUCUGUUCUCAAGAUCUUGUAGAAAGGAACAAGAGAGCACUUUUCCAUCCCCGGUUUGAUUUGAUAUUUAUGGCAUUGCGUGUCAGUUACUUGCAACUUAAAUUUAUUUUCUCCAAAGAGGAGCUUUGCGUUCAAAAACCUGCUGUACAUCUGUUGAGUGUAGCGACAGAGAACACGUUGGUGCUAACUGCAAGAAACUUCGGAACAAAAUGUUCAAGGAUGUUCUUCCUUUCGUCUCUUUUUUGCCCUGGAACCUUUGUUUUUAUAUAUAAACUAAAGAGAAUGUCUCCAACACCAACCGGUAAAACGAAACUAAAGAUAUAAUUUAAAUACAUGAUAGUAUUUUUCAUUCAUUGUUUUAUGCAUUUAGUAUGUAUAAUUCCGUCCAUUUACACCUUUAACCCUAGUAAACCACAAAAAGCACGGCUGUCUCGUUGCUAGCUGUUGAUGGCACUACGCACUGGGACGACUUGGUUUGGGCAGGUCUUGCGCAGAGUCUCUCGGCUGCAGGGCACCUGGUCCCGGCGAUCGAGCAGCCUCUUGUGUCUCUCCUCUUCCCAGGAACAGGAUCAAGAAGCCGGUAAUAGAAACCACAACCGUCUUCAACACUCCAGCGUCCAUCGCACCCACCAUCACCACCACCAAGAUCUCUGCCCCCCUGGGUCCGAUCGCUGCCGGAGCCUUCCCAGCUGCUGCUGCGCCUUCUUGGAGAAUCCGAGGGGACAUGAGCCCCUCACUCGCCGGUUCCUGGUGGCCAUGAAGCGGCAGAACGUGCGGACCCUGUCCCUAAUUAUCUGCACGUUCACCUAUCUCCUGGUCGGGGCGGCGGUGUUCGAUGCUCUUGAGUCCGAUUUCGAAAUGAGGGAGAAAGAGCAGCUUGAGGCCGAGGAAAAGCGUCUCCAAGGGAAAUAUAACAUAAGCGAGGAGGACUACCGUAAUCUGGAGACUAUCAUAAUGGAGGCCGAACCUCACAGGGCAGGGGUUCAAUGGAAAUUUGCAGGCUCUUUUUACUUUGCAAUCACAGUCAUUACCACUAUAGGUUAUGGGCAUGCAGCACCUGGUACAGAUGCUGGUAAGGCCUUCUGCAUGUUCUAUGCAGUGCUGGGAAUUCCUCUUACUCUGGUGAUGUUCCAGAGCCUUGGUGAGCGCAUGAACACCUUCGUCAAGUACCUUCUGAAACGGAUCAAGAAGUGCUGCGGCAUGAGAAGUACCGAGGUUUCCAUGGAGAACAUGGUGACGGUGGGCUUCUUCUCCUGCAUCGGCACCCUUUGCAUUGGAGCUGCGGCAUUCUCCCACUACGAGGAGUGGAGCUUCUUUCAGUCCUACUACUACUGUUUCAUCACAUUGACUACUAUAGGCUUUGGGGAUUUUGUGGCUUUGCAAAAGAACAGAGCACUCCAAAGGAAGCCCCUGUACGUGGCAUUCAGUUUCAUGUACAUCCUGGUUGGGCUGACGGUCAUCGGGGCCUUCCUCAAUCUCGUGGUUCUCCGCUUCCUGACCAUGAACAGUGAAGACGAGAGGCGGGAUGCCGAGGAGCGGGCAUCCUUGGCAGGCAACCGCAACAGCAUGAUCAUCCACAUCCAGGAGGACUCCCAGCACGGACGGCAGCGUUACAAAGCAGAGGUGACGGAUCUGCAGUCCGUCUGCUCGUGCAUGUGCUACCGGUCUCAUGAGUUUACCAGCCGUGUGGUUUCCCACCAGAACUCUUUCAGCUCACAGCUGAACCCCCAGUACUUUCACUCUGUCUCGUACAAGAUUGAGGAAAUCUCACCGAGCACCUUGAAAAAUAGCCUUUUCCCCUCUCCCAUCAGUUCAGUCUCCCCUGGCCUCCAUAGUUUCACAGACAAUCACCGAUUAAUGAAAAGAAGGAAAUCAAUUUGAGCGUACAGUACUCCUUAGUCUUUUCUUUCAUCACUAGUUUCUAAAUUCCCCUCCUCCCACCUCUUCUUAGCGUUUUUCUCUUUCAUUCUGGGUUUCCGUUUCCUCAGUCCAAAAAUGGACAGCUGGAAGAUAAGAGCAACUUUCAGAUGAACAAUAAAAUGGUCAACUUUGGCGUUCUUGGGGAAACAAAGCAUGAAGCAUGGAUACUUAAUUUUCCAGAGGAAUGGUGAAUUUGAAAACAAAAUGCGCCUUACUUACUCAGCCCUUCCCUUUGCUCCCCUGUUUUGGGUGGGUUACAAUUAAAUCUCUUUACCUUGGUAUCAUACCAAAUGUUGCACACUGAAGCUUGGGGAAAGCAUUGGGAAAUAAUUAUUACAAAAGGGAGUAUGCCUGUUUAACCUUAACUUGAAUAGAUCGCAAUUAUGUGCGAUUUCAGUGCCACAGUUAAACAGAUAAAAAUAUUUUAAGAGCAUCAGGUAUUAUUUUCUAUAAGCAAUUAUAUUUAGACAAAGGAAACUGGUUGCUUAGAUAUUAAAAGAAAACAUCAUAAUAAAGACUUAAAAAGCCAAAAUCUUGUUGCCAAUCAGAGCAUGCGCAUUAAAAGCAGUCAUAUAAUGGGUGUGCCAUGGUUAUUUGAUUUCAUUUGAUUUUUAAAUUUUAUUUUGUAAAAGCAGGUU